AUGCUAGACUAUCCAAAGCACCAAACAUUCGAAGCAUUGCUCACCUGCUUCUUUCUUCACGUAUACUACUCCAACGCUGGAAAGAUCACAAAGUCCACAUUGCUUCUACGAGAAGCCAUCGCCUACGCGCACAUUCUUGGACUACAUCAAGAUUCGUAUUACACAGAUCUAGACACAGAUACCAGUCAAUACCAUCUUCGAAUUGCAUGGAUCCUGUUUAUAACGGAUCGAGCUCACUCUUUGCAGCAAGACAUACCCCCAACAUUCAAGCUCAGCCCAACACUACCGCAACUUCAGCCGCAACAUAAGCCUGACCCUGGUUCGGCUUUUUGUAGUUUAUGCAACCUUUUUCAAGCCUUUGACGAUGCCUGUCCUUCAGGUAUCAGCUCGAGACAAGCUGGCUUUCUCGGUGCCAUAAGCUCUCGAUUACAAGUGAGGCAUCCUCUGCCAUUGUGUGAGAAUGAGGUCCAGAGAGCCGAUAUUGUGGUCACUGACUCGUGGUUGAGGGUUGUGCUAUGGAAGGCCGCGAUUCCAUAUGUUGAUGCCAACACUGACCCUGAUGAUCAAAGCCUCAGCGUGUCAUUUCCCACAUCAGUAGCGCAUGAUUUACUAUUGAAAUUGACUACUCUGUCAUCGUUUGCUCUAGAAACCCAUGGGCCUGGAAUGAUGUCAAAAUUAUUCGAGGUUGCAAACUCGGUUGCAGAUGUCCUCAUCUGCGCCCCGGACCUUGCGAAUGUUGGCUCAGCGCAUGUUGGGCCACGAGAUAUCUUGGCUGCUUUGAGCAGCUUGAUCGCUUCGCUGCGCACAACCGGGAACCCUGCACUUCUCACAUUGUUGCGAGAGAAGAUGGUGGCAUGCGCUUUGGACCAAGCCCAGCCAGGAAGGUUAUUGCAGAUCACUGAUGGAGAUAUAUACGAUGAACAUACACACAUGGUUGAAUAA